GCGUAAGCGACGACGAGCGCGCGCCGCGGUGUGUGUCGGUCGGUCGGUUGGUCGGUCGGUCGGUCGCCAUGCUAGUGGUUAGUUUAGUGAACUAAACAUCAUGAUGUGGCAGAACGUUCGUACGAGCAGAGGCCCGUAGCCACGCCGCGUUAACCGGCGCGCCGUCGUUAUGUUAUCUCCACAGUAACACUCACGACGUUCGAUAAACACGUAUAAUACACGUAACGCGAAAAGUACAAAAAAAGUAUAUAUAUAUAUACAUACAUACACGACAUACAUAGGGAAAAAAGAGAGAGAGGGAAUACACGUAUACGGAUUAUAGUAAAGAGAGAAAUAAAAUAGGGAACCCGCAUAAACGAUUCAGCGAAAAGAUCUCGCGACGACGAAGACAAUAGCGGCGACGGCGACGAGAACGACAACGAUAACGAAGACGACAACGACAGCGGGCACAGCGGCGGCGGCGGCGGCGGCGGCGACGGUGUUGGUGGUAGUGGUUGUUCUUCUUGUAGUGGUAGUAGUGGUGGUGGUGGUUGUUGUUCGGUGCGAGCGAAACCGCGCGCGGCGCGACGUCAGGCCCGAUGUAAAUCAAAGUUGCCGAAACGCACGGUCGAGCGUACGUCGUCGCACAGUGAGCAUCGCCGCGGCACGCGCCGCGAGUGACGACGAGUGCCAACGGUCAUCCUCCAUAGCGCGGCAGGGAGACGUUCACGCGAGACGUAUACACGGGGGCACAUAACUGACGCUACGCUUCGCAAUUCGUGGCGCGAUGUUGCUCAAACAGAUGCUGGAUCCGAGCGUGCUAACGGAUUUGGAGGAGCUGACGCUUUGCGGUUGCUGCAAGCAGAAGUACAAUGACGUAGAGCAGUGCCCCAAGUAUCUUAGCUGCAAGCACUACUUUUGCCUACGGUGCAUCGAGAGCAAUCUGCUGCAGGGACGCGAUUUGAAGUGCGCACACUGCUGGAAGACGACGGACCUGGGUAAUCAGGGCGCGGACGCUCUACCAACUCACUCUGCUCUACUUGCCCUGGCCAACAAUCUUCCGCGUCUCAAGAUCACGACAAACAAUACGUCUGGCAAACCUGAGAAGGAGAGAAAGAGCGAGAACUGUCAUACACACGGAAUGCCGCUGGCAUUGUGGUGUGCGACAUGUUGCAUGGCGCUUUGUAGAGCGUGCGCGAGCCCGCAGGAUCAUCCAGGUCACCAGAUCAAAUCACAAACCGAUGCCAAAGAACAGCUCAUGUCCGAAAUUCAACUGGAGUUAAUCACCGUGAAUAAACUGUCGUUGGAGAUUCAAAAACUGGCCCAGCAGCAACGCGACUUUCUGAUAAAGGUGCUGGAAGCGUGCGUGACGUUGAAGACACACGUGGAGACGGAUCUUGCGAACGGAUACCAUCACUUUCCCGAGAUAUCGGAGGCGCGCGAGGCCUCCGUCAAGACGAGGGCCAGCCUGCAGAUGAGUGAAACAACUCCGAGCGAUGUGUACGGUUUACACUCGCAGAUAAUCCUCGAGAAACAAAAGUUGCAGUCCAGGUAUCAGGAGAUGUUGCUACAAUGCCAGCUGGACAAUCUCAUCGGCAAUUCCGGAGUGAUUUUCGACUUCGCCCUGCUGAAACAGGCAUUGGCGGACAUUCAUACGGCAGAUCCGAUCGUCGCUCAGAACAACGGCGGUCGCUUGCCGAAUCAUAUCGCGGCCUCACACAAUCCGAUCUUGUUCCUCGCGAAUUACUGCAUGUCGCAGCUGUACACGCGUCACGUUGUCUGCAAGCAGCAGCACAUGCAGAACGGCUCGAUGGAGUACCACCAUUCAAGUAUGAUGCCACCGCCGCCGCAGCAGGCACCAUCCGUUCACGUUCACCAGGGCCCACCGAUGCCGCCACCGGGACCGGGACCCAACCAGGCUCCCCAGCAGCUCCUCAUUCCACCCGGUUCACCGUCCGUCAAACCCGUACCGACUGCACCGCCCAAUGCCAUGCUGCACCCGCAACAGCAGUCGACGUUCAUGUCCGACGCGGUCGGCACCGGCGCCGGCGGCGGCAGUCUAGUGACCGUCCACUCGUCCCCGCAGCCGCCGUCCAACGCGAUAACCGCGCCGUUGACGCGAGGCCCUGCGAAUCCGUAUCCCAUGUACUACUUCAACAUCGAGGUGAACGGUUCGCCGCACGGGCGCAUCGUGAUCGAGGUACGACCGGACGCGGCGCCGAAGAUGGUGAAGAACUUCAGCCUGCUGUCGACGGGGGAGGUCGGAUUCGGCUACAAGGGCUGCACGAUAUUCCAGUGCUGGGAGGGCGAGUCCGUGAUCACGGGCGACUUCGAGCUUAACAACGGCCGCGGUGGGCGCAGUAUAUUCGAGGACGGCUUCUUUAUGCCGGACGACACCAAGUUCCCGGCAGUCAGGGGCGCGGUGGGUAUGAGGCGGACGCAGAAGCGGCACGAUAACCUCGGCAUGGUCGGCUCGCAAUUUCGCAUAAUACUGCAGGAGAUGCGCGGCUUCACCGGCAUCUUCGGCCACGUGGUCGAGGGAUUGGAGCUGGUGGAGAAGAUAUCUACGUUCGGCGACCAGACCGGCAAGCCUACCAAGAAUAUUCUAAUCACGAAAUGCGGUAAAUUGUAACGUUUAUGCUGUCGCUGUCGCGCGGUUUGUUGCAACGCGGGGUAGAUCUCCGAGAGAUGAGUAUAUACUCCGUAUAUAUGAUAUAACGCCGUAUACAACACGUUUUCCUGUGCUCUAGAUGACCGGAAGGAAAAAGUCGCCACGGUAUCCCCGACUCGCGCGUACGCGGCCGCGAUAGAAACCUAUACGUAAAGAAGAAAUGUGCAAAAAGAAAAUCACGUUACACCGUAUAUAUAAUUGUCCGACGACGGGAGACGAUUAUUGUUAUUAUUAUAUCUGCCGCACGUAUAUCCGCUCGGGGACACCGUCGCGACACGUUUAUUAGCUCCGCGAAAUCCUCGAACGCUCCGUACGAGUCAUGCAACUUAAUUAACUAUUAACAAUAGUCUAAAGAUGUCGAAUCUAUUUUUAAAGACGGGCGUGUGCGAGAAAAAGAAAAAGAGAUAAAAAUCCAUAUUUUGCUAUUGACUGGGAAUCAAUACGAGAUUCUGCUAACAAUAAACGACGAUGAUCGAUAUACAUACACACACAUACACACAUACGUACCUCAGAGAUCGACCGUGAUAUCGAUACGACUUCUCUAGCUGAUACGACGUAUUUGUUUUUUUUUUUUAUUUUUUAGGGAGAGAGAGGUCUGACAUUUAUUUUGGCUAUUAUCGGGAAUUAACUCUUCUACGACGUUUGUAGUUCAUAGAAGCGCGUGUCGCGCGCGUUUGAACGUGAUAUAAUGGAGAAAAAUAAUACCGCGCGAAUCGCGGCAGACGGUUCUCCGGCCAGCUGCGAGCGUAGCUAAUGUUUUAGGUCGUAGAUAGCGAAUAAAAGGGGUGAGAAAAAAAAGCACGCGUAGAAUAAAUCUGGGAAUUUAAAUGUAGUAACGUCCGAACUGUCGGAGGAGAAACCGAAUCAUGUGUCAUGUAUACGGGAGACACAUAUUUACGAAAGAAACGAAAGAGACAGAUCUGCGCGCGAGUAAACAUGCGGCUCUUUCGAUUCUUGUUCUUUUAUUUUAUUUUAUUUUUUCUUUUUUGCGACUUUUUCGCGACUUGCUGCUAAAAGUCGUGAUUCGCGCGAUUCCAAUGUACGCGCAUGGUCUCUCGUUUAGAUAUCUUUAGCCGUGAGAGGAAGAAGAGAUAUCGGUAUAGUUAAUCACGUAGGAGGGCGAAGUUUAUGGUUCGUCACGGACACGGCAAUCGGCGUGUCGUUCCGUUUCGGGGGUGCGAGGAAGAAAAAAAAAGAGCUAAAAGGGAAGAGGAAAAGAGAUCAUUCAUCGCGCGCGCGCGUUUUGCGAAGAAGAAUCUUGCGAUACCGCUGAUCGGAUACUUGCGGCUCGAGCCCGUUUCCCUUUUCGUUCUUUGCGAACUAGCGAACCGUCGUGGGUUAUAUCUGUAUUUAAGAUUAGAUCUCAAUACGUCGCAAAUGUAUGCAAGGCCUAAAUACUACUAUGUAGACCGUAAGCCUCGUGUCGUCUAAUCGGGAAACGAACGAAAGAAUAAAAAAAAAAAAGAAAUGUGCGGAUAUAUAUAACGUAUAUAUAUAUACAUAUUAUUAAACGAAUCAUUCCUCGAUGCUGUAUAUCGAAAAAUAUUACGAUAUAAUGUAACUGCGUUAUAACUACUCGUGUCUGAAUCCUCGUAAUGAAGUCCCUGAUGCGUUAUUAUCGUUACAUACAAUGUCACACACGCGCGCGCGCGUGCGCGGGAGCGGACGCGUAUCUCUCCCUCUCUCGCGAGCACACGUGCGUGCGUAUAUUUCCACGCGCGUACAAGGCAAGGCACACUCACGCGUGAUUUAGCAGAAAUUGCAUCGCCCUCGCGUCGUCGCGGAUAUAUGCCUUCUUGAAGAAAAGCCUCAUUCGAUGUUGAACUUGAAAGUUUUAACACUUGUUGAUUAGCUGAUUAAAAAAAAAAAAAAGAAAGAAGAACGCGUCUCUCUCGCGUCGAUCGACGUCGCGAUGACUGACGCGAUGCGAAACGCGUCACGUCGCAUGUCGUCUUUAGGAAUAAAUAAACUCGCUCCUGUACGGAUCAAGAGCGGAAAUGCUGUCCGAGUCGAGUGUAAGUGAAGCUGCGAACCGUUUGCAUCGAGCUUCUCUCUCUUCUCUAGAGAAGCAAGACCAGCAGUUGAUUUGCUAAGAUCUAGAGAGAGAGAGAAUCCAACCAGAUUCACAGAUAGAAAAGCUCGUUCAAUCUAAAGCGCAGAGUUCACAAUAUUUCCCACGCCGGAAAGUAUUUUUGCUAUCGAUUUGUACAUGUACAAUAUUGUAUACACGACGACCAUAAGGGGGUUGGGGGGGGAGGUUAGAUGAUUGUGUGUUCGAACGAAUGGAUGUGUAAAACGAAUUCUCUCGUUUCGGUGAAGAUUCCGACAAAAACUUGUAACUUUUAGUACGUAAUCGUAGAGACGCAAUCGUGAAGAAUAGAAGACAUUACCGAAGCGAGUGAAGAUCAGGCCCACCUGUACACACGUACAUUUACACGAAGUACAUACACACAGAUACAGAUACCUAUGCGCGCGCGUAUAUACAAUAUAUUAUAUAUAUACAAAUAUAUAAACUACGUAUAUUUUUAUGAACGUGAUGAGGUAACAACGCAUAGCUUGUAAUAUCGAUUCUAACGACCGACCGAUUUACCUGGCCCCUCGCGUGCGAUUAAACGAUUGAGUGGCUGUAAA